UUGUCGAGCGGUGUGUUUGGCAGUCGUAUGGCCGUAAUAUCGCUAUUCAUCUUGUCAGUGUGCUGCUGCAUUGCAGCUUCUCCUAUCUUCACGCCAUAUUUUAGCUUGCCGCACGAGAUUAACCGUUUGAUCUGUACUAAAAGCGACAUUUCGGAGGCACUCUUGUCAGUUUUGACCAAUUGGAGCACGUGGGUUUCUUGCGCCCGCUUGGCUCUGCUCUUACUGAUAACGCACAAGUUGUUUGUACUCUUAUUCAAGCCUCUGCAUCUAGUGAAGAGCAUGGUAGAUACGGGAUACAUUCAACACAGUGAGAAGCCAGUCUCGAGAGAGGUGUGGACGGCGCAGGUCGUGCGACGGCGCAAACGCGGAGACGUGCCGCCCGUGUAUCCGAACGGAUGGUUCUGCGUGCUGCAUUCGUGUCAGCUAGAGCGAGGAUGCGCAAAGAGUGUGACCGUGUUGGGCAUGCAGUUGGCUGUGUUUAGAGGAGAGGAUGGUCACGUGUAUGCAUUGGAUGCGUAUUGUCCGCAUCUUGGCGCUAACCUUGGUUGUGGUGGACGCGUGUUGGGCAAUUGUUUGGAAUGCCCUUUCCACGGUUGGUCGUUUCGUGGGAACGAUGGCAAGUGUGUUAGAAUUCCAUAUGCCGACAAAGUGCCGGAGUUUGCCAAGACGGAGGCGCAUACUGUUGUUGAAAUGAAUGGUAGUGUGUAUGUGUGGUAUCAUGCAGAGGGUAAUGAACCGAAUUGGAUGCCAGAGGAAGUUGUGGAAAUUUCCGACGGAAGGUGGAGAUGUGCUGGCAUGACUGAACACAUGAUCAACAGUCACAUCGAAGAAGUUCCCGAAAACAUUGCCGAUAUUGCUCAUUUGAAUCACCUUCACGGUCCGGUUGUUUUCUCGGGCGCCAACCUCACGACGUUUCAGACAUGGAAAUGGGCAUUUGCCAGUCACAAGUGGGAUGCAUCGUGGGCACCGUGUGAUGCCCCAGAGAAGCACUGCUCUCUUUUAAACCUUAAAGCCACAACGACUUUUCUAGGAUUAUCGAUACCGUUUCUUAACUUGGAUUUUCAAGCCAAACAGAUUGGCCCUGGAAUUGUACAAUUACCUUUCGUCUGCCCACUCGGUCGUGGCGUACUAAUCCAAGGCUUGACUCCAAUUGAACCAAUGGUGCAGCGAAUCAACCACCAAAUCUACAUCGAGAACACAAUCCCAACCAUCGUCGGCAAGAUCAUGUUGUGGGCUGAGAGUAUCCAACUGGAGAGAGACGUUACGGUUUGGAACAACAAGACGUAUCGAUCCAAGCCACUGCUAGUGAAAGAAGACAAUCUCAUUGCCAAGCAUCGACGUUGGUUCUCACAGUUUUACUCCGAACACAGUCCACGAUUUACAACCGAACGCUCGAGCUUAGAUUGGUAGCUUAGUGUAUGAAGUAGACGCUGUAGUAGUCGACUUCUGGCAAGUGCACUUUUAGUUUGAGCUGAAAAAAUGUAAAUGAUAUUGAAAAGAGAUUUAUAAGAAUACACAUUUGAUGAAUUUU